CUUAAACAGAAAGAGAGAGAGAGAGAGAGAGAAAUGGAAGUCUGACUCUGAAAUACGAUUUCCAGUGCGGCAAUUGAGUGUUUCACUCUUCAUCUCUCUGCCUUAACUCCACCAAAAGAGAAAGACAUUCCAAUUUUCGUUUCAAUCCAUUCCUUGUCGUUUUCCUCUGUCUCCUUCCCCAGGGGAUCGAAAUUCCGAUUUAUUCCGCAUGUGUGUUCUGUAAAGCAGUGCUCAAUAAGAGAGAGAGAGAGAGAGAGAGAGAAGAGAGAGAGAGGGAGAGUUAGGGUUUCAAUGAGAGGUCACAAAACAGGAGGCUUCAACGCCAACAGCCACCACACACGGCGGCCGACCGUCAUAUAUCUGGUCUUUGCCGCCGCAUUCUUCGCUCUCCUCGUUUUCGCCAUUCAGUUCUCUUUCUUCACAGGUGGAGGUGACGGUGGCGCUGGCGGUGGCGUUACUUCCGAGCAAAACGAUCCUCAAGCUGUUACUCAGAAAUUGAAUCUCACCGCCCAACAAGAUUCCAAAAGCCUCUUCGAUUUUCAGUCCUCUCUUCAGCAAUGCGUGGCAAACAGAGGGCUCGGACUCACCGCACAUAUCAUUGACCAUUGCAACUUGGUACUCCAGUUCCCCAAAGGCACUAACAGCACAUGGUACAGUGAGCAGUUCAAAAUCUAUGAACCAUUGGAGUACAAGUACAACACUUGUGAGGCACUUCUACUAUGGGAACAGUAUCGUAACAUGACAACAGUGCUAACAAGAGAAUAUCUAGAUGUUCGGCCUAAAGGAUGGGAAGAGUAUGCGGCAAAAAGGAUAGCUCAAUUAGGAGCUGAUAAAUGCUACAAUCGGACUCUCUGCGAGGAACACCUCAAUUUGAUUUUACCAGCAAAGCCCCCUUUUCAUCCUCGACAGUUCCGCACAUGUGCAGUUGUUGGAAAUUCGGGAGAUCUCUUGAAGACUAAUUUUGGAGAAGAGAUUGAUUCUCAUGAUGCUGUGAUACGAGACAAUGAGGCUCCUGUUAAUGAGAAAUAUGCCAAGUAUGUUGGGUUGAAGAGGGAUUUUCGACUUGUAGUCAGAGGUGCUGCUCGUAAUAUGAUUACCAUUUUAAAUGGGUCUGCCGAUGAGGUACUCAUAAUCAAAAGUGUGACACACAGAGAUUUCAAUGCAAUGAUCAAGAAAAUUCCAAAUCCAGUUUAUCUCUUUCAAGGAAUCGUACUACGCCGAGGUGCAAAAGGAACCGGAAUGAAAUCUAUAGAACUAGCACUCUCCAUGUGUGACAUUGUUGACAUAUAUGGUUUCACAGUUGACCCUGGCUAUACUGAAUGGACAAGAUACUUCUCUACACCUAGGAAAGGUCACAACCCACUUCAAGGAAGGGCGUACUACCAGCUCCUAGAGUGCCUUGGUGUUAUUAGGAUCCAUUCUCCCAUGAGAUCUGAGAGGAAGCAGGACUGGUCAGAUGUUCCAAGUCGAGAGAUGAUAAGCAGAGCUCAUAUGGCAGCCCUGCGUUUAAAGAGGGGUCAAGAUGGCGAUUUGGGACAGUUCGGUAGUUGUAAGGUUUUGGGCAAUGUGGACCCCAAAAGCAAUGGACCCGUCUCAGGAUCUCCAGACAUGAGCAACGUAAGAAAGUUCUCGAACUACAGUAAAUGGGAAGUAAUGCCUUUUGAGAGUCUGAGAAUGGAAGCACAGGAUCAUUAUAACCAAAUGGAGGGAGUCUCCUUAUACAAAAUGGAUGGAAACAAGUUGGAUGAUCUAGUUUGCGUGAGGCACUCCUCAUAAUCCAAGGUAUAAUUCGAAUUCCCUUGUGUGUGUUCGUAACGUGCAUUCUAACGCUCUUCUUGUGGAGAAAAUGCCCAACUGGAUAUUCCCAUUUCCUCAUGGAAUUUCGAGUUAAAGCGAUUCUCGGACACAGUUGAUAUGAUUUGGGCUUGUGCUGUUGCUAUCUGAACAUGCAAUCACUCUACAGUCAACUAACUUGAUUUGCAGCAGUGUCAUUAUCAGCAAUCCAUGUCUGCCUGUGGGGAAAGGUUAACAUGCUUAUCGGCAAUCAAUAUUUCAGCUUUAAUAGGAACUCCAGGGAAAGGAUUCUAAUGUGUGAUACGAGUAUAGACGUUACCGUUUUUUUAUUUUUGAUUGAUAUUGUAUUUUUCUAAUAAAAUUGUUUUUUUUCUAAUAAAAUUGUUUUUUGUUAGAUUUUUUAGUACAAAAUAUGUAGCUACUGAAUCCAACUAAAGCAACUGAUUACUCCU